UCCGCCCGCUCUCCGCUCACACACCCCGGCGGAACACCGCCUGCUCUCCGCUUCGGCUCCGGGUAGGGUCGCGUCCCGCAUCAGCGAGCAAGGAUUUGGAGCGGAAUUUGGGGCUGAGAAAGAGUUUUACGUGAGCCAGAAAAAGGAUUGUUGGAGUCCGUGCCUUUGCAGAGUGGAAGGGUGAAGAUGGAAAGGGCUCUGUAAGCAGAAGGCUGCGGGAGUGCUGCUUUCCCCCGACAGAACACUUCAAGAAUGAGUCCACCACAAGACAGAAGUAGAAAUUCCUGCAGCAGUGAGCCUCUGGCAAAGUGCCUUCAAGCAAAGAAGGACUUGGAAACAGCUAUAUCUGGAAUUGUUAAAGCUGAACAACAGAUUAAAGAGAACUGGCAGGAGGUGAAAGCCAAGAUUCACAGCCACAUCAGCCGCCACCUGGAAUGCCUGCGCAGCCGCGAGGUGUGGCUGUUCGAGCAGGUGGAUCUCAUCCAGCAGCUGAAAGAGGAGGCCUUGCAGCAGCAGGCACAGCAGCUCUACUGGUAUUUGGGACAAUUCAAUUGCCUUAUUCAUCAGCUGGAACGCUCCUAUAGCAACGAACUAGCAAAUCAGAUUUCAGUUUGCCUAGAAAGACUGGGGAAUCUUACUCUUAAACCAGAGGAGUCUUCCAUCCUGAAUUUUGAGGCUGACACGUCUUACCUUCGCCAGGCUAUUACCUCAUUUGGUUCUAUUAAAACAAUGCAAACCUCAGAGAGAGAGAGUACUUCUUCCUGGUUCCCAGGUCAGAAUUGUGCCCUAGUGAACUGUGAGCAGCAGAAAACAUUGUGUGGGACAGUGAGUGCUUCGCUAGCUGACUGGUUACUUGGAAGCAGACCUGUGGGUGCUUGCCAGGCUCCCUAUGUUCCCAGCACCAAUCUUGAAGAAUGGGUUACACAAAAAUGCCUGCUGGAGCCCAGCCAGGAGUUUAAUUCUUCCAAAGUCAGUUAUUUUGAGCAAGCCUGGGGAAAUCUAAAGGAUUUGGAAAAUUGGCUCCUGCAGAAUCAACAGUGUGAUGUUGCUGGGAAGACAGACUCCUCUGGCUCCAAGGACUCCACCUCUACUUUCAGCUCAUCCUUUUCCACUAUUGAAAAGGUGGAGAAACUGGAAUCCCUUGAACAAGAAGAGAUGGACCUUUCAGACUGGCUGCUUACUCCUGACACAGAAAAUGGAAGUGGUACUUCAGAUGAGAAAUGGAAAUACGAAUUUAAACCUUUUAGGGAAGAAUUUAACCUGGAUGAUUGGCUCCUCAAAGCUGAAACGUGUACGAAUUGUUGCGGCAGCCAGAUCAAAAGUGUGGAAAUUGAGAACCUGGGAAAUCUGAAGUGCCUGAAUGAGCAUCUUGAUGGAAAGAAAUCACCCACUACAUCUGCUGUAAAUGCUUGGCUGCUUCAGCAUCCCCAGACCCCCGUUAAGGUGGAAGAUGUGUGCAGAGCUAAUGAGCUGUGUGCCAGCUUUUCAGAGUGUGUGUGCGAUGAUAACUGUGGAAAAGUGGCUCUGUGUAAAUGGCUUCUGAAGAAAGAAGGGAAGGAUAAAAAUGGAGUUCCAGUCAGCCAGAAAGAUUUACCAAAUCCUGAGCACGAGAAGGCCAAGUCUGCUGACAGUGCCUGGCUUAACACCACACAGCAGCUCACAGGGGAACCCAUUAGUGCAGAGAAAGCAGAUUAUUCAGCAGAGGUUGCAGAACCCUGGAAAGCUCUGCUCGAAAGGCCUCUGACAAGCUGGCUGGCCAGGUCUGAACACACAGCAGAAAGUGCAGAAGAAAAGGCGAGUAGGGAAAAAGCAGAUAAUAAUUUCAAGAGUCCCUUCCUUGACCUCUUGGCUCCAUUCCACCUUCCCUUGAAUGUGAACAGUUGGGUGUUGACUUCAGACAACCUUGAAAACACUGCCCUGCCUCCAGUGGAAGAUAAAUGGCUUCUACGCAAGAAAGCACAAGACUUUGGCCUUCCUACAGUUUGUGACCUUUUUGCCUGUAUGAAACUCAGUGGAGAUAAAGAACAAUGGCUGUAUCAGACUCCUCUACAGAUGUGACCAACUGGAAGCAUUGAAAUCAUCCUCUUCCUGCUGAUCAAUCGCACAUCACGCUGAGCGACUGCAGCCAGCUGAAUUCCUGUGUUUGUGUUUGGCCGUCUGCUUUUUCUUCUAAAAUUAUAGCAAAAAGAAAAAUGACUCAUGACAAGAGUUAUGGUGCAGAAGAUGCCUUUUUUGUUAAGAUUAAUUCUGAAGUGUAAACUCACUGAGCAUAAGCAAUCUGCUACUAUAGAGGUGUUAGUAAAUUCCUGUCUGUUAAGGGGCUACAUGAUUCUUCUUUAAUGGGUUGUCACUUGAAGUAUGUUGAAGCCAGAUGUAAAGCAAAAUCUCUGGUGUUGUGACAUGUCCACCUUUGGCAGUGACUUUAGAAGACUGCUAUUCCAUUCAGCUGCUACAACUUUGUCAUGAGUUGGGUUCUGGCUUACUGGGUUUGCAAAGUAACUUAGGCUGUGUUUGGAAGCCAUUUCUUUUAUUGAGCAGUUGGUAAUUUUUAAGGUUUCCUUUGCAUUUUAUAUUGGUGUGUCUCCCAGCUGACUAUUUGUAGUCAGGUUUUGAAAAAGACAAGCACUGAUGGGACCUGAUGUGUGACAGGAGAAUUGGUAACUUAUUUUGGAACAAAAACUUGUCUUGCAAAGUUUUGAGCCAUUCAUUAGAUCAGAUCCUACCAUGUCCUCAGCAUUUAGUAACUAUCUGAAUUACACAUUUCAUCUUGCACUUUUUCAGUGAAUGUUUUUGCUCGUUUUAAAUAAUCUACAAUGAACUUUUAUUGACUAAACCACUAAGAAAGCGGGCAUCUUAGCCACAUAAUAUUUAAAGGUAAUAUUAGGGGAAUUUUAUGCCUUCUCAUCAGGUUGAUGGAAUGCUGUCUAAUUAGGAAAAACACUAACUUGGCAAAUUGUGUGGCUCCCACUGAUCUGUUUUAUAGAUAGUUAAGCCAUGGACUUCCAUGUUAUGCAUAUGAAAGUGGGGUCAAAUAACUGAUCCCUGGACUCAACAUGAGUAAUAACUCUCUAGAUACCUAACAUUUUGAGUCUAUAGGAAAGACUGUGGAGACAACAGAUGAAAAUGUGGAUCAAUGCCUGCCAGCUUUCAUGAAAAACUGUGAAUUUACAUAGUUUUUAGUGCAGCUUCUACUCACUUAACAAAUUGCUCUUAACAACUAUGAAAAAUAGCCUUCCCUUCUCCCCAUCCCUGCAGCCUGCCUGGAAUAAAAAUUAUUUCAGUUCUUCACAACUCUGUAGAAGAGGAAUUGGCGAGAUCCAACCAUGGGAUCUCCUGUCAGUGUGAACACAUUCCUGUCUGACAGAACCUGUGCAUUUCAUUUGAAAUUUUUAGUCUGAGAGGGGCACACUGUACAUGUGAUACCAAACCCCAAGAGGGCUUAACAUCAGUGGUCCACUUGAGGCUUUUGGACUUUGAUAGUUUUGGCUCUCUGCUAUAAUUAGAUGUUUUUGAAGCUGACUCCCUCCUUUGAACAUGUCCUUUUUACUGCAUGGGAAGACUGCACUGUGACUAACUCCAAUAACAGCCUAAUUUGAUUAGCAGUUGAACUUCAUUAAAGUGACUGAUAUGGAGCCCACCUCUUAUAAUUAAUUCCUUGUAGACAUCAUUGUGUGCUACUUUGUCAGUUCCUUACAAGCCUCUGAAACUUUGGGGUAUGUAUUCCUUUACUUACUCAACUUGUAUUGUUAUCACCAAUUGAUAUUUAUGUAAAACAUUGAUUAAUUUUUUCCAUUAAAAAGUAAUCUCAACU